GGCGCCGUGGGGCUGCGGAGGGGGCGACCCCGCGCGAGCGCAGCUGGCCCACGCCGCGGAGCCGACGAGCCUCGAGGCCGUGCGCAGCCUCGGCGAGAGCUGCGCUCGCCGGGGCCAACUCGAGGCCGCCGUGGGCUGGUACAGGUACGCCCUCUGCCUGGAUCCGCUCUGCCCGGCGGCGGCCAGCGGCCUCGCCGCGGCGCUGGCGGGCCUGGGCCUGCAGCUUCAGGCGGGGGACCCGCAGAGGGCGAUCGGGUGCUACCUGGAGUCGCUGGUCGUCUCUCCGAUGAGCUGGAAUCUGCACUGCCACUUGGCGAUCGCGCACGCGGGGCCUCAGCCUCAGCACCACGCGGGGGCCCCCUUCGCUCACCAGGCGGCCGUGUGCCUCAACCCGCUCCUCGCGGAGGCCUACAACUUCAUGGGGGUCGUGUAUCGGGAGAAGGACAACAUCGAGGCCGCUCUUUCUUGCUACCUCCUCGCGGUCCAGUGCAACCCUGGCUUCUCGCAGGCCCUGAACAACCUCGGCGUGGCGUGCAUCACCACCUGCCGGCUGCAGGAGGCCCUGGAGAGCCUCUCCCGCGCGGUCACCGUGGACCCCAACUACGCGGAGGCGUACAACAAUCUGGGCUGGCUGUUUUGGGACCAUGGCGAUCUCGACCAGGCGAUACGCAUGUACGAGCGUUGCAUGCAGAUUGCGCCGUCGUGCCAGAGCCCGUCGCAGAACCGGCUCCUGGCUUUGAACUAUUUCGACACGUUCCCACUCGACAAAGUAUUCGAGGCGCACCGAGCCUGGGGAGAGCGCAUCACCGCUCAGGGCACAGCCUUCACCGAGUGGCCGUGCUCGCGCGUGGCGGAGCGCCGCUUGCGCGUGGGGUACAUCUCGCCCGAUUUCUUUCACCAUUCGGUAUCUUUUUUCUGCCACGCUCUUAUCGAGCACCGUGAUAGCGAGCUCUUCGACAUCUUCCUGUACUCCAACACAGUUCGCGAGGACGACAAGACGGAGCUCUUCAGGUCGAUGGUGCCCGCGGACCGCUGGAGGAAGAUCGUCGGCAUGUCCGCAUCCGAUGUUGCACUAAUGGUGCGCCAGGACUGCAUCGACAUCCUCGUAGAGUUGGCCGGCCACACCGCCAACAACCGCCUCGACGUUGUGGCGCUGAAGCCCGCACCGGUGCAGUUCACUUACAUAGGCUACAACAACACGACUGGGCUCGGCAGCAUCGACUACCGCAUCACGGACGCCAUCGUGGACCCCGUCGAGACCACCCAGCCGUUUUCGGAGGAGCUCGUCAGGCUGCCCGGGUGUUUCCUCUGCUACACGCCUCCCACAGGCGUCCCCCCUGUGCGCCCGCCGCCGGCCCUGAGUCGAGGUUUCGUCACCUUCGGCAGCUUCAGCUGCCUCGCCAAGAUCGGGCCUGCCUGCGCGGAGCUCUGGGCCCGAGUUCUCCACGAGGUACCGCGCAGCCGCCUGGCCGUCAAGGGCAAGGGCUUCGCCUCGGUCGAGGUCCAGCGGGCCUUCGUCGCCAGGUUUGCUGCGCUCGGCAUCGAAGAGCACCGCCUCGAGCUCAUGAGCCUGACCGCGACGCCGUACGAGCACCUGAACCGAUACAACGAGGUC